GCUUUCACAGGCCAUUCCCAUUUCUCGAUCCUCCCAAACUUCACAACGGAAAGAACAUGGAUGCCUCCGCGGCGAAGCAGCUCAGGCGAGUCCGCACGCUCGGGCACGGUGCGUCAGGCGCCGUCGUAUGGCUAGCCUCUGACGACACCUCGGGGCAGCUCUUGGCGGUCAAGUCUGCUGGCGCCGACGGAGCGGCACAGCUACGGCGCGAGGAGCAGGUGCUCGAGAAUCUCCGCUCCCCGCACAUCGUGCCAUGCCUCGGCUCCCAUGCCGCCACAAGCGGGGGAUACCAGUUGUUCCUCGAGUUCGCACCCGGUGGGUCGCUGGCCGACAAGGUAGCCCAGAGCUGCGGGCGCUGCCUCUCGCAGCCUGCAGUCCAGGCGUACACACGAGACAUCGUGCGGGGGCUGGCGUAUCUCCACGGUCGGUUGCUGGUGCACGGUGACGUCAAGGCUAGGAACGUGGUGAUCGGUGGAGACGGUCGCGCCAGGCUCACCGAUUUCGGCUGCGCGAGGUCUGUCCAGCCGCAGCCGUCCCUGUCGCGGCCAAUCGGCGGGACCCCGGCGUUCAUGGCACCGGAGGUGGUGCGCGGGGAGGAGCAGGGGCCGGCGGCGGAUGUGUGGGCGGUCGCCUGCACCGUGAUUGAAAUGGCCACCGGGCGUGCGCCAUGGAGCAACGUGGACGACGUCUUUGCCGUCGUUCACAAGAUCGGCUACACUGAUGAGGUCCCGGAGCUGCCCGCGUGGCUGCCAGCGCAGGCGAAGGACUUCUUGCGCAUGUGCCUAGCAAGAGACCCUCGCAACCGGCCCACGGCAUUACAGCUACUGGAGCACCCGUUCCUCGCGUCUGCCUCAUGCAUUGGCAAUGUCGAUCCGACAAAGCAUGACUGGGCGUCCCCCAACAGCACACUCAAUGCGGCAUUUUGGGAGUCUGACGACGAGGGUGAGGAGACCUCUGAGAGAGCAUUCAAAAGGAUCAGCUCACUGGCAAACCUCGGCUCGGGCUUGCCUGAAUGGGAGUUGGAGGAAGGCUGGAUCAAUGCGGGGCGACUGCUCCCGGGUCUCCGAGGCACCGGCAGCCACGGUGUCGGCCGGCGCUGGUUUUGCCCUAGGGAAUGAAGCAUUGGAUGCCGCGGUGGUUGAUGAUCUCCACAUCGUCAUCGUGGAAGGUGCUAGUAGAUUUGCUGCACACAGUGUAGGAGUUAGAGAUGAUUCCAUCAAGUGCCAGCAGAGACAUUCGCCUGUCCAAGCAGGAGGCAAUGUAGGGAUUUUUUAUGACUCUAUUAAGUGCCAGAGACAUCCUAGCGCAGCGGUAGGCAACAAUGUAGGUAUUAGAGAUAUUUUUGCUAAGUGCCAGACAUCCUAGGAUGAGCGCAUGCAGAAAUGUAGGAAUUGCUGCCGAUUUUGUAAAGUGCCAGAGACAUUUUAGGCUUAUUGUAGGCAGCGAUGUAGAGUAUUUGCGCCCGGUUGCCAGUCUCUGGGGCGAAACACUGGAACUCGAUUGUCCUUGUAACCAAAAUAGAAGAUAAAUCUGAUUUCGUGUCAAUUUGGACAUUUUCAUGCA